UCCCCCAGAGUUGACUCGCCCUGUAACGUGAGUAACACGGUGUCAGGUUGUUAGGGGGUUGUGCUGGUAAUUUAGUUGCUGGUUAGGACUUCUCUUUGGCUAAUAUGUUCUGCUCUGUGUCGAGAGAAUAGGCUGCUGCUUGUAAUAGUAGGAUAGCAGUAAGUUAAUUAUAGGCGUAGCAGUUUUGGUUUCCGUAGAGACCAACGGUUCUCACGAUAGACCAGUCGUCGUGUGUUCUAGGCCUUCUUGCCUUCAUAUAAACCAGCGGUUCUCGCGAUAGACCAGUCGUCGUGUGUUCUAUGCCUUCUUGCCUUCAUAUAAACACUGAAUAACAUUUAUUGUUUUACUCGCAUCAUUAAAAUCUCGGUUUAAACCAAUACUUCUUAUUUUAAGUUGGCAUAGACCUAUAUAUUUAUAUAUAUUAUGAUCUGUCUUUGCAUAGACUAGAAUCUAUUUGUAUGACUAGAUUAACAGUUCUAUCCAUAUAAAAGACAUCCACUAUUAAUAUAUUAGACAUCCUUCGCAAAGUGGUCUAGCUAGAACACUUGUUUCAAUUGUUUUCGUGGUAAGCAUUUCAGUUCUGAUUCUUUCGGUACUAUUAGUUUUCUCUCUGAGACUAUCGCGGGAAUCUACUGCCAGUUAUUUCUUUAUGUGGACGCUACUUCACCUCAUAGCUUUAUUUCCUCAGUAGGAUUUCCAUUGCCAGUUAAGGAAUCCUGGCCUUUCUGUCUGAACUUCUGGGAGCCGCUGAAAUAGAUGAUAUUCAUUUCUCGGAGAUAAUUGUCAUCCGCUUGGCGGAACUAGUAGGGGAAACCCCAGACUGGGACAUGUUGUUGUAUCAUUUUAAGCCUACGCAGGAGUAAAUUAUUGACCUAUUCAGAGAGUAAUGCCUCGGCGCAAUGUUUCCAUGUGUAUUUAUAGAAAAACUCAGAUGUGCUGUUUUGAAGUAUUUGUGUUAUUUUUACCAUGAACCAUAGUUGCCUAAUUGGAUAGAAUUAAUUGUGUUCUUACUUUGCUGUCUUUUUUUUUUUUAAAUAACUAGUUAGGCCCCAAUUGAUGAUAUUGAGAUUGUAUCAAUGUGUGGACGUUCAUGUCUUACUGCUGUUGACUUCUGGAUAAACCAGCAGCUCACAAACCCCUGUAUAUCACGUGCUUGUUCGUCUGUUGGAGAAAGCACGAAAGACCCGUUGUCACGCUGACCUAACGGGGUCGCAUGGUGAGCACACAGUCUGGUUUAAAAAAAAAAGUAAUACACGACUCAGCCCUUGUGAAAGAGUUGACCCCAUUUUUUCUCGGGUGCACUGGAUUAUAUAUAAAUCUUGAGGAGACUGGCUUCAAUGUCUCAGAAGAUGGUCAAACAUUGGUAGGAUUCUAUGCUCAUCAAAGUCAGCCUAGACUGAGCCCAGCUGACAGACAUGGAGGUAUCGGAAACCACAGGUGUCACGCUUAUCUUGGAAGACCAUCCUGCAGAAAAAACCUCUGGAUCUAAGAUGCUGAAAAAGGCCCAGUCGUUCCGCGAGGAUCUCAGAAAUCGAAUCCGGCGGCGGCCAUCCACAGGAGUACAGCAGAUGAUACCAGAAGGGAAAGGAAGGAAGAAAGGGGACAUAAUCAUACCAGACUCACAAGGUGGAGAAGACGACAUGGAGCAGCUGAAGUCGGCCAUGGCCGAGGUCAACAAGACCCUCAUCUUCAUCAAGGCCGUGGUCAGCAAGGGCAAGACAGAGGUGCUGCCUGGAAGUGCCUCGGUCAUCCUGGAGACAGUCAUGCAAAUAUUUACACUGCUGCGCUACCCACUUCUGGCACAGGAAAGUAAUAGCCUGGUGUCCAGUCAAAGUAAAGUCUGUCAAAAUUUGGCCAAGUUCAUUCAGUGGGCAGAUGACUCCCUAGUGGGUGUCAACAAGUCCUGUGACAAAGAACAAGCUCAGGGAAUCAUUGAUGCCUUGUUGGAGGGCAUUCAGGAACUGACCAAACUUGGACUUGAAAAAAUGUCCCAAAAGAAGUCCAGUCUCCUGCAGCCCCCAGUUACUUGCCAACCUCUACCCUCUCCAACACUUGAUGGGCAAAACUACCGACCAGACGUUCCUCUUACACCCAGGGAACAGGAAAUUUUGGCUCAGACCAGUGCCAACAGCUACGACAACAUUUCUAAUCUGACUCGCAACAGCAACAACAGCUCUGUCUUUUCUUUUGACUCUAACACCUCAGCAGACAUGCCACCGCCUAAGCCACCACUACCUCCAGGUUCUAUACUGACUAGAGUUUCACCAGAAGAGUUUACGAAUGGAUCAGAUCCACUCAUCCCUCCACCCCUGCCCCAGAAGAAAAGGUCUCCCAGUUCCAGCACAGAGGUCUUAGAGUCCCUUAGAUCUAGUGGGAAUGGUACACUCAUCAGCAGUGCAUCUUUGGACCAUUCAUUGGGAAUGGCCGGUGGAAUGUCUUCCUUCAACUUCGGAAACAAACCUUUAAACUUUGGCCUACCUCAAGCCGGGCUAGUUUCCUUACAGACAUCCUCAUUUCCUCUCAUGAACCACCUCUCGGCUGGAGACUUGGUGACAUCUGCCUCCUCUACAUCCUCUUCCUCCUCGUCAUCUCUCUCCUCACAGUGGCAACAGCAGAGUGAGAAAGGCAUGGUCACCACACAGACAUUUUCACGGACAGUCAGUGACUCUAAAUUAGUCAGCAGCAGCACCACCAUGGUGUCUAAAAAAGCCCAGCCAGGAAAGGCAUUCGAGGAGAUUAACGAACUGACCUCUCAGAUCAAACAGAUGACGGACUGCAUCGAGGACAGCCCUCCACCACUGCCGGCCAAGAAAGGCCUGCCCCUGCACAGACUUAACUCUCAGUAUGACAAUGUUCCAGACAGCAUAGAGAGCAGGAUGGCAGCUGUGUCCUCCGUCUCCCAGCAAAAAACUGUUGUGAUGAGGAAAGUGGAGAGGAUAUCUACCUCUUCCUCAUCUAGCACACAUUCAAGUCACUCCAAUCAAAGUCAAUCUUUUACCAGUGUGAACAGCCAGAAGUCACUGCAGUCUUACCUGACUGAGGAGAGGGCCAGCUCUCGUGAGACCUAUUCCAGCUCAGAGACUUUCUCUUCUACCAGUCACUCCAGCACAGAGUCCCUACCCAAACCACCUCCCCUACCACCCAAGAAAAAACAUGUACAAGCCUAUGUCCAAAUGUUUGGUUCCUUGAGUCAGCCCAGAACUCUGGAGGAAUCUAUAUCCCGGCAUUCUAUACAGUUCUAUGAAGCUCAAUGGCAUCAGCACCAGAGAGAGCUUUUUUAUCCACGCUCCAACACAAUAUCUGUAUUGUCAGAUAUAUCCACAGACUCUUCUUUGAGUGGAGGAUCCUCUGAACUUUUAACUUCCAUACCUAUAUUAACUGCUAAAACAAAAAGGAUGUCAGAUAUAAGCCAUGGCAGCCAUCUUUCUACGGGUUCCAGUCAGUCAGACAUUUCUUAUGGUGACCUUUUGGGCCUUGGAAAAUCACCCGCUUCUGACUGUUCCAGUAUAGCCUCUAACCCUCCCAGACUGUCGCUGCCUCAGCCUGUGGUCCAGCCUCAGCAAAAGUGUGAAGAGAAAGAGAAGGCUCCACUGGCCCAGCCAGAGAUCCAGAAAGACUCUGACUCUGACUUCUGUGAGCUCAACCUGCUAGAUGAUGUAGAGAUCGAGGACCAGCUUAUUUUCAAAGAAAAGGAUGAGGAAGGCCCAGAGGUCAGAGGUGGUGCUAUAGAUGCACUUAUUGUGCAUGCAACACAAGCUGGAAAAAUAGGCUCUGAAGGUGACCUCAUGGAACAGAAAGAAUUCAUGUACCAAGAAGCUUUUCUGACCACCUAUAGAAUGUUCAUCUCCCCUAAAGCACUAAUGGAAAAGCUCCUGUACAGGUUCCACAAGUUCCAUCACUCCGCAGACAGUAAGAAAAAGUUGGCCCACAAUUCCUUCUCUUUGCUGAUACGUGUGGUUGAUGAGUUAGGGGGCAAUGAGCUGGAUGCUGAGAUAGUUGACCGGCUGAUGAAUCUAGUCUAUGACUUGGUCUGUGAGGGUACCCUCAAUUUGGCCAGGCUGCUCAGACGCAAGCUUUUGGAGAAGUGUGAGAAGAAGAAUGCAGAGUCGGCAGAUAUUGCCCAACCUGUUCAACAGUCCAUAGAACUAUCCUCCAGUACUGCUGAUCUGCUCAGUUUUAAGGCUCAUGAUAUCGCUGAACAGAUGACACUCUUAGAUGCUCAACUCUUUCAAAAAAUUGAAAUUCCAGAAGUUUUGAUGUGGGCCAGAUGUCAGUCAGAAGAGCUUAGUCCACACUUAACAACAUUUACUGAACAUUUUAAUAAAAUGUCCUAUUGGUGUCGAACAAGAAUAUUGUCUCAAGACGACCCAAAAGAAAGAGAAAAGUACUUGAUGAAAUUUAUUAAAAUUAUGAGGCAUCUUCGUAAACUUCACAAUUUCAACUCUUACCUGGCUGUAUUAUCAGCUUUAGAUUCUGCCCCUGUUGCCAGAUUGGAGUGGCAGAAGCAAAAUACUGAUGCAUUAAAAGAAUUUUGUCAGUUGAUUGACAGCUCCUCCUCCUUCAGAGCCUACAGACAGGCUUUGGCUGAGACAGAGCCUCCUUGUAUACCAUACCUGGGCCUCAUACUUCAAGAUUUGACUUUUGUCAACAUUGGCAACCCUGACAAGUUACCAGAUGGAAGCAUCAACUUUUCCAAACACUGGCAACAGUUCAAUAUACUGGACAGCAUGAGGAGGUUCAGGACUAGUAACUACCAGAUUAAACGCAAUGACAAGAUCAUGAACAUGUUGAACAACUUUGAAGACUUCCUCAAUGAAGAUAUCUUAUGGACCAUGUCACAGAAAAUCAAACCAAGGGCCCCUGGUCACAAGAAGCAGAACUCUGUCAGUUGACAAGUUAAAAAAAAAAAACAGACAUGAAUAAAAUGGGAAGAAAAUAGGCCAAUGUUUAAUUUUCAAUGUUUGCAGAGUAACUCAUUCAUCACAGGUGGAACUGUUUAAUCCAUUGCUGACAUCAGUAACAGAAAAGUCAUUUUCCUUGUGGUUUUUAAGACAGUGUUUCUGUGGAACAGUUUGAUCAAUAGCUGACAUUGGUAAUAGGAUGUUUAGCUUGUGGUUUUAAGGCAGAAGAUGUUUCUAUGCUUGGGAAUUUCAAGCAAUGAAGUGACACAGACACUUGUUGAGAACAUUAAUGUGUUAUGUCAUACAAGAUUUUAAAGAUUUGUAAAUAAUCACAAAAUGUGUGCUGCUACUGCUAAUGGUACAAUUACUAUCCUUGUUCAUCUGUAAGUUGAAAGGAAUUGAGGACUCCCUCAUUUCAGACUAGUCCCUAUCAUGUCUUGUAGUGUUAAGAUCUAGCAACUUAAAAAGUCACACCUAGAGAUGGAGUUUGAUCUGUUUGAAAAUCAAGUUUUUUUUAAGGCCCUCUUUGACAACAGUAUAUACACUUGACUUCAUCUGUGUUUAGAGAGUGGAGUGCAUCUACAAAAUGGAAGUCUGUGGAGCACAGGAGCUAAGUAUUCUCACUCAUGAUUUUAGUGUUGCUGCUCCACAUGCUAAUACAGUCGAGGUGACAUCAUCCCAGUCUUAACAUCUCCCAUUUCUUACAUUAACAUCUUGUUCUUCUGAAGCUAUUCAUCUGCCCACACUGUGAGCAAAUCAUUAAGAGUGUCCUAGUUAUAAUCAGAAGAUGAGACUCCUGUCAGUCACAACUACAUUUCAACUGUUGUACGUAGAGACUCCUGUCAGUCAGAACUACAUUUCAACUGUUGUACGUUUAGUUCAUCAACACGGCUAACAUAUAAGGAACUUUAACUUUUACCACUCCUACAUGCUUUCAUCCAAAUCAUUUUCCCAUGCUGGAUCUACUUGGUUCUUUCUUCUAUCUAAACAGAAACAAAUGUUUCUUCUGUCAGUGUUAGUAAUUAGUGCUGAACUGUUUUAUGUAGUUUAGUUUUUGUUUUAUUGCCAACUUUGGCUACUUGCUUUUACAUUUAGAUUCAAUGUGAGUCUCUGUUAAAAUAAUGAGCUCUUCAUAAUGGACUUUGAACCAACCACAGUGAUAGUGACUCCUGCUAUUCUCUUGUAUCAUAGAAGGAAAUUGAAUUUGUAUGCUUUGUGUGUGUGUGUUGUCAAUACAUAUGUUUAUUAUCAUUGAAUAACAUUGGAUGAGCCUUGCCUUUUAUGAGUUUUUAGUAUUCAGUGCCAGGUGAGCAGUGAGACAUUACUUGCAUUGGCAAAUCAGUUUUACCUAACUGGUGUUCGGUUUCCUGUUGUUGUGGUCACAGUUGGCCCCCUGUUUUAAUUUAUUUAUUGUCCUUAAAGUGUGCCCAUCAUUUAUGACCAUAUUUUUUAAUUCUUCCCAAUUGACUGUCAUGUUGAACAACAGACGUCUUAGUUUUGAAGACAGCAUACCUUGUAUGUGCCCUUGCAGACAAAAUCUCCACAGUUUCCUAGGUCUGUACUCACAGACUAGGUGAUUGUAUUGUUUUUGGAAUUAUUUCUAGAAUGAUCUAUUCCAGUCUUAAUUUAUUUUUCCAUUUUUGUUCUUCCUUCCUGAAUCUUUUUUCCCCCUGUGUAUGUCCGGCUACAAUUUUACUUUUUGUUAUUUUGUAAAAUAAACACAGACACUAAAAUAAAAUAAUUUAUUUGUGUAAUAAACUAUUUAUAUUUAUUAUUGUGUUUGUGUGUGCCUCGAGUGUGACUAUUGAGACUUAACUAUUGAAAGACAUGUUACUUUUGUGUACAUAAUUUAUUGUAUUUGAUUCAUUGAAUGUACCUUGUAGCAUUAAUCAUUGUACAUUUAUCCUGGGAUAUAUUCUUACUAACAUAUGUCCUGGGAUAUAUCUUUGCUGUACAUGUAAACUCAUUGGUCCCUUGUUUUUACUGCUGUAUAAGUUAUAUUAUGACAAAGCAUCUACCGGUAUUUUAAUAACAGCAUCAAUAAAUCAGUAACAAAUGGAAUGAAUUAUUUUUUUGUAUACCAGUAUGAAUGAAUAUUUUUAUUGACCUUUUUGUUUUGUGUGUGUGAUUUUUAAGUUUUUUUCUUUUUUUUUUCUUUUUUUUUUUUGGUCAUUUUUUAAAAAUUCAACUCAAAGAUAGAUGUCUACUUCUAUGUGGUCAUUUUAUUGUCCCCUUCAGGUUGACUUUUUCAGUGACUAUAGACAAUAUCAUUCUCUCUCUUGUAUCUUGAUUGUAUUUGUUCCCAAGACAUACAUAAAUAAUCACCUACUGAUUCUCUAUCUUCUUAGGAAGUGAUGUUUUCAUCAAGGGACAGAACUGUAGUCAAUAUUUUCAAUUUUUACAUGAGUUAACUUUCCUAUGUAAUGCUCACCCAUUAGCAAACAGUUCAUUUCCUGUAUGACUGAGGAAAAUGUAGUACUCUUUUUUUUUUUUUUUUGAGAAAAUUUUACUUGAUGUUUAGUUGGAAAUGCCACUACUAGCCAUCAUUCUGUUGACAUCUUUGAUAUGAACCAAUCAGAAACAUUUAUAUAGACUAUGUUGUAUGUGUGUAGGUGUUUCUGUUGGCUAGUUUUUAGACAGAACAACUUUGGCUACAGAGCAAUAGUGGCAGUAGCACAUAAACGUUUUGUUCUUUUCCCCCCAAAUCCAGUUCAAUACUUUUAGAUGUGUUCUCCAUACCAAGCAAGUCAUCUUGAACUGAUGAUAGUUGACACUGUCUCCUUGAGACAACUACUGGCAUUAGGAGGUCUGUAGAGUACAGAACUGACCUAUGUAAAUAGUGUACAUUUUCAAGUCCACACACAAACACAGGUUUAAAUUUUUUAUCUUGCUUAGAGUUCAUUCAAGUUUUGUCUUGAGUUCAAUUCAACAAAAUAAAAGAGACUUUUCCUCAAUAGGACAGUGGCCAUCAUUUGAACUUGACAGAGUUCUAGAGCUGCGAACAUUUGGUUUCAAGUUCAGUUGACCAUUUUAUAAUAGUACAAGUACAACGUUUGCUUUGAAUUAUUGGGCCUCAUUGAUACACUGCAUAUUUGUGAAGCCAGUUAGGCUAUAAGUGUAAGUAGAAGUAAGGUUAAUACAAGGGAGAUAAUUCAGCAAUAUUUCCCUAAGUUUUGUUAGGAGAUGGACAUUUUUCCUUUGUCUUCUAUAAUACCAACAAUUGCCUCUUGAACUGAAUAGAAAAUGUUUGUGGUGUGAUUCAUGGGAUCUUUCUAACUUUAGUGAUGACGAACCCAUCCUCCUAAGUUAGUUAUCUUUUAUUUGGGAGGGCUUGUCUCAGAGUGGAGUUUCAAUCUGACAAGGGGAAGAAAUAUUACUAGAUUGGGGAUUACUAUCAGGUGGUUAGUUUUAGCUUUAUGCUUUCUGAUUAUUAGGCAAAAAAAUAAAAAAGAGAGAGAGAAAGGUGUGUGCAAGUUUGACUUGAGCCAAUAUGAUGCACAUUUCAUGAAUUUAAGUUUUUGCCUCAGAAAUGUACAUUCUAAUGACAUUUCUUGUCUUGUUGGAUUCAGUUUAUUUUGUUGUCUCCCCUUGUUGUUUGGUUAAUUAUCUUACGUCAUAAUAUGAAUGACUUUAAUUAUGCAAAUGUUUUUACUUUUUUUAUUUAACAGUUUUCAGUUGAUUUUCAACACUUUUUUUUUUGCUACAUUUUGUAGUUGAACUGAUCAAUAAAAAUUCUAAUGAUUUUGUA